AAAGUUUCAUGUUUUUAUGACUUUGGAUGAGGUAUCUGAUUCACCAUUUUCAUUGAAUAUAGAUAUAUUUGCUAGAUUUGCUCAUGGAAUGAAAGUAAAAGGUGAAUUAACGCUUCGUUGUCUACCUGUAAAUAAAGAAACUUCCCAUGAAAAUGAUGAUAAGGACACAUCUUCAACUGCAAGAAAAAUACUUUCAGCUCAGUUGAUAGAAGGCCAUUGGUCAGGCAAAUUAGAUCUUAAAGUCUGCGGUGUGUCAGAAGAAAAACGUCAAAAAAUUAAAUUAAUUGCUGAGGUUACUGAACGUGGCUCUUUUUUGUCAGCAAAAACUGUUAAAGAAUGGGAUUUGUUUAAUCCAGGCUUUGAACUGAUUCCUUUGAGACCAGCGUUCACUCGAAAUACGCGUAAACUGCUCAUUUAUUUACGUCGCCGUUUUCUAAUAGAAGGCGAUGCGGAAUUAACCACACAAUGUAUUUCGGAAGAACGCUCAUUAAACGGACUUAACCAUUCUUUAAUCCAACGCUUGGGUACUAUUGCUGAGAUAGAAAUUGACAUUAGAUGCGUAGCCUAUAUUAUUAAGGCCCGGCGCAAAUUAAUUAAUGGAGGCUUUAGCACAUCUGAAACUUUAGUACUUCCUUUGCUCGAUGGAUUCGAUAAAUUUGAUCUUUCAUUAAUCGAGAUAAAUCAAAAUAAAGGUGAAUAUGUUGAAGGUGAAUUUGUUGAGGCAGUAAUUCAUAAUUUAAUUUGUGGGAAUGGCCGAGAUUUGACUUCUGUUGGUCCUAUUAAAGACGGCCUUGUCAGAAUACAAAUAACAAAACAAAUUGGAACUGGUGCUUGUGUUCUCUACGUUUAUGGUAGCAAUGGAAAAAAUUCAGAAAUGGUUGUGGAUAUGCACCUUAUUUUUAAAAAACCCGGAUAUUGUCCCAAGGUCGGUUUCAAUUUUUGA